AUGGCCUUCGUUCAAAAAGAAUUCACCACCCCACCACCUCUGCCCGCACCAGGAACGUCCCCAGACUCCGCCUCCGCAAAGCCUUGGUACCUCGUCACUGCAGGGAUCUGGGAGCUACUUCUGAACGGAGAUGCAGAACAUAAGGCCGUGCUUCAAUGGUGGGAACCGUACACUGCUACAACAAACCAGCCAAUUACACAUACUUUCACCGAAGAAGUGUGCGUUCUCAAGGGAGGACUGAAGGAUCUUAUGCUGGGAAAGAGGUGGGGUAUUGGGGCAUAUGCCUAUCGAAAGCCUGGAAUGGAGCAUGGGCCUUAUGUCGCGUCUGAUGAGGGUUGUUUGAUGUUUGUCAAAGUCGUACCAGCUUCUGCCGAGAAUGAUUGA